GCGGCACUUCCGGCCGGCAUGGGGGAGAGCACCAGCCCCAUCAGCGUCAUCCUGGUCAGCUCGGGCAGCCGCGGCAACAAGCUGCUGUUCCGCUUCCCCUUCCAGCGCGGCGGCGAGCACCCCGCCGCCCAGGCCAAUAAACCAAGGAGUCGGUACGCUGUGAAUAGCUCUGGUGACACAACGGAAGAUCAAGAUGGGGACUCCAGAGACCAAUGUCCUCUAACUGAUGAGCAAUUGGUUUCAGGGUUUUCCGAUGUCAUCCUGGCAACAAUUUUGGCUACCAAGUCAGAUAUGUGUGGCAAAAAGUUUGAACUGAAGAUUGACAAUGUCCGCUUUGUUGGCCAUCCCACGUUGCUUCAGCAUGCCCUGGGGCAGGUGUCCAAAACUGAUCCCUCACCAAAGAGAGAGAUGCCCACUAUGAUUCUUUUCAAUGUCGUGUUUGCACUGAGGGCCAAUGCAGAUCCCUCGGUGAUAAACUGCUUACACAACCUCUCCCGAAGAAUCGCCAUUGUCUUGCAGCACGAGGAGCGCCGCUGCCAGUACCUGACCAGAGAGGCCAAGCUGAUUUUAGCUAUUCAAGAUGAAGUCUCUGCCAUGUCAGAAACCACAGAGGGGCCACAGUCACCUUUUCAUCACAUCUUACCCAAGUGCAAACUGGCCAGAGAUCUCAAGGAGACAUAUGACAGUCUCUGCACAACAGGGGUGGUCCGUUUACAUAUCAACAACUGGCUGGAAGUGAGUUUCUGUCUGCCUCAUAAAAUCCACUAUGUUGCUACAAACUUCAUACCCCCUGAAGCAAUUGAGAGAAGCCUGAAAUCUAUCAGGCCUUACCAUGCCUUAUUACUUUUAAAUGAUGAGAAGUCACUGCUUAAUGAGCUCCCGUUGGACUGCUCUCCUGCCCUGGUGAGAGUAAUUAAAACUACCUCUGCUGUGAAGAAUUUGCAGCAACUGGCUCAAGAUGCUGACUUGGCAUUGCUGCAGGUUUUCCAGCUUGCUGCACAUCUCGUUUACUGGGGAAAAGCCAUUAUUAUUUAUCCACUAUGUGAAAACAAUGUCUACAUGCUUUCUCCAAAUGCCAGUGUUUGUCUUUACUCUCCGCUAGCAGAAGCCUUUUCCUGUCAGUUCCGGGGUCACAACCUGCCGUCCAUGCUUUCCAAGUUCUCCCUCCCAGUGUCACUCUCAGAGUUCAAGAAUCCACUCGCGCCACCAGUUCAGGAGACUCAGCUCAUUCAAAUGGUGAUAUGGAUGCUCCAACACCGGCUUCUUAUUCAGCUUCACACUUACGUCUGCCUGAUGGUGCCACCAAACGAGGAGGAUUUUCGAGCCCAGGAUGAAGAUAUGCCUUUUACUGCCAGAGUUGGAGGCCGAAGUUUAAGCACCCCCAAUGCUCUCAGCUUUGGUUCUCCAACCAGCAGUGAUGACAUGACUCUGACAAGCCCUAGCAUGGAUAAUUCCAGUGCUGAGUUGAUACCAGGUGGGGACUCACCCCUAAAUAAAAGGAUGACAGAGAAUCUCCUAGCAAGCUUGUUGGAACACGAGCGGGAAGCUAUCCUUAAUGUCCCUGCUGCUCAAAAUCCAGAAGAUCUUCGCAUGUUUGCAAGGAAACUUUGCAGCUCUGCUGUGCUUGGGCCUUUGCACAGAGCUCUCCCAAGCUUGUGGGUGGCUGCUGCUUUCUGAAAGACUCGACUCCAUCUCCUGUAAACCAUUCCCUGAUCCAGUGGUGACACUUUGGCCAUUUGAGAGCUUUGCAGCGUUUUUUCCUCAUUGCCAGAUAAGUCAUUACAAAACCAGCGAGAAAGGAAAGUAAACCCAAGAUCAUAAUUGGUGAUACCUUAAGAAAGGAUUUGUAGGGAACAAAUUUCAUGAUGACUCCCCUAUCACUUCCUUCAUUUGGGUAAAACAGCGAUUUGAAAACUUUUGAACUGCAGAUGCCAAAAUUUACUUUGUUUUCUUCAUCAGCAGCUAUGACCAGAGAGCUGCUUGAAAAUAAAAUAACACAAAACAUGAACUAAAAUAAACAUUGGUGUGUUUAUUUCUCAGUCUGUCCAUGCACCGAGUUCUUUAGAAAAGGGCUCUGCAAAGCCUGCAUUUCCAUUCCGAUGGACAUUGAACCGACAACUGCGUAACUUACUGUGAAGGCAACAGUGAGGAGGAGAGAAGAUAAACAAAUCGGUGCUGUGGGUGGGAUGCUGGAGUGUGCGAAUGGGAAUGUUUCUGUAGGAUGCUCUGGUUACCUGUGGCUUUAUGAGACACUGUAACUUGGAGGUUUUAGAUGUCUUUUCUCUCUUUCCCUGCUGUAAACCAGCAGACUAAUGUCUGGGUAAACAGAUUGCUCUUAAUGAAAGUGUAAACAGCUGUCAGAAGCCGCUGCAGCGAAUGAGCCCAUCGCCCUCGCUGCCCGAGUCCAGGUUUCUGUGUGAGCUCUGCUUUUUGCUUCAUUUUGAGGAACAGCAGCCUGACGAGGGCUGUGCUCUGGCAAAGAGCUCUGAGGCUGCAGCUGCCUCCCAGAACAAACUCCUGCUGGAAACGCACGGUUACUGCCCUAAAGACACUGCAACUGCCCUUCCAGGUGCAGUUUUGUUUGCACGCAAAGGGAUGGGCUAUUUUCAGCAGAGCAGCAAGGUUCAUCCCAAUCCAUUUUCCUGUGUCUGUGCCUCUGAACACCUGUUUCUCAUCAAACUGACGGCAGAAAAAGAGCGUGUGCCUGUCCAUCGCUGUGCACAGCCAGGAUUUGCAAGGCAGAAUCCUGAAGGGGAAAUAAGGAAUACUGAAGCUUGGCUCCGGCGUUGGCUGUGUUAACCCUCGUAACAUCGGGUCAGAUUUGAAAUCCAAGUUCUUUCCUUCAGUGCUGCUGAGGAUGGGUGGUGUCUCCUUCCAGAAGUAAAUUUGAGAAGGAGACAGGUUCUUUUUGAGCUUGAUCUGUGGUAAUGUAGACGAAGCAUUCCUCACUGCGCAUUCAGCAGUGCUUUUAUAGGCAGUUUGAGGGUUCACCCAUGGCUUCUCUCUCAAGCCAAGGGUGUGGAGGUGUUUUCAGGAUCUUUUUUUUCUUAGAUUAGGAGACAGAGAUCCUUUACUCCUCUGGAAUGUUCAUUGGUGACACUAUGCUGUGGAGAGUUCUGUUCCAUUUUCCAGCAGUGCUGGUGGAAGGGACCUCUCCUUGGCCAGGAAUAUGCUGAUUUUAAUUGAACGAGUAGUCUGAGAUAAUCCUUUUCUUUAGCAGUUAAGAACACUACACUGCUCUUAGAGGGGCAGCUCUUGUACCUUGAAGAGGGAGAACUUCCAUCGCUGCAUCUGGAAGUGCACAUCUGUCAACAGACACAUCUGGGCACUUCAGAGGGGAUCACAUGCAGUGUUACUGUCCCAGAAAGUGCAACUGAUGUCCUGGUUGGGUCCUACAGAUGUUCAUUGUUCAAAAUGGUAAAGGUAGCACCCAUCUUGAUGAUCUGAGGGCUGGAGCAUCUGAGGACAGGCUGAGAGAGUUGGGAUUGUUCAGCCUGGACAAGAGAAGGCUCUGAGGAGACCUUAUAGUGACCUUUCAGUACCUGAAGGGGCUCCAGGAAAGCUGGGGAGGAGCUCUUUAUCAGGGAGUGCAGGGAUAGGAUGAAGGGGAAUGGUUUUCAGCUGAAAGAGGGGAGAUUGAGAUGAGCUCUUGGGAAGAAAUGUUUUGCUGUGAGGGUGGGGAGGCCCUGGCCCAGGUUGCCCAGAGCAGUGGUGGCUGCCCCAUCCCCAGGGGUGUUCAAGGCCAGGUUGGAUGGGGCUUGGAGCAACCUGAUGUAGUGGGGGUUGGAACUGGAUAGGUUUUGAGGUCCCUUCCAACCCGAACUCAGCCCCAGGUUACACCUCUGUAGAUUCUACCUGGACUUUUGGGACCAAAAUAUCUUCCCUGGGAGGGUUGUGCAACCCAGCCGUGGGGGGGGGAUCUCCAGCCUUGGAGGGUUUCGGAGCUUGGCUAGAAAAAGCUACAGCAUUGGCAAUGAUCCCGCUGGAGCAGGAUGCUGGACUAGACGUCGGAGGUGUCUUCCAGACGGCAUCUUUGUGAUGUUCUUUAAUAUCCUCUCUAGUUUUUAUUGGAGUGGAAAGAUUUCAUCUUGACUGGUUACAAAUCCAGAAUCUUUUUGAAUAUAGGAUGGAUUUAUUUAUUGGCAAACUGCUUCAUUUGUGGCUGCUGAAAGCCAGGUCAUAAGCAUUUGCAAAGCUGUGCCAGGAGAUGAGAGCAUGGGCAGUCCGGGGAGCAGCUUUAGAGGAGGGUGGGAAUGUGCAGCUUUUAACAUCUUCACAAUCCCGUUCUGGACAGUGAUGCAAGUUAUAAGAUACCAUAUAGAAAAAUUCCUGUUAAUACCUCGGGGAAUGGGCUGGGGUUGACAUCCCCCCCCCUCCCCAAACCGAUGCUGUCCCUGCCAGUGGCCACUUCUCAGCACACCUGGUUGCCAUCGGGCCAGGGAGGGAAGCCAAUCAGCUUGAUUGAAAUACCCAGUGGGAGACACUGCGACAGGGAAACGCACAGCCCGGAGAGUGGGAAGGUAAAUACGAUGGGAACUUGGCCGUCUGUUGUUUGUUUGUACUGCAGGUACAGAGACGGAGCAAUUAUGUUCUGUGUAAUGCGCCAGCUCGAGGGCUGGCAGAUGAACAUCGAAGCAGAAGGCUUGCGGCGUGCUGGGUCUGCCCCACCCUGGGCUGCCUGCAGGGAGGAGGCAGCAGGUUCCCGGCUCCGAGCUCACA